AACCAAUCGGAAGAAGGUCCACAAGCUGACCACACACCCCUCAACCUCCCCUCCGUCACCCCACUCUUUCGAGUGAAGACAAAUGGGGAAUUGAGUCCCUGGUCCAGGCGGCUCACCCUCGCAGCACAGCAGCUCUUCACCGCCAGAUGAGAUGGAGACAUUUAAGUCGCUCAUUAACUUGACGGCGCGGAGAUAUCUGGGAAAUAGAGUCCUGGAGCUUGUCCCGCUCUCUGGACGAGCUUUGGCAGGCGGACUUCCGGCGUCCUCCUGCGCAGGUCCGCCUCCACUGUCACAGUCCUGCACGUUGUUCCAAGAGCAGCGGAAAAUGAAUCAGUCUCUGGGGCCGGUGUCAUUCACGGACGUGGCCGUGGACUUCACCCAGGAGGAGUGGCAGCAGCUGGACCCUGAACAGAAGACAACCUACCGGGACGUGAUGCUGGAGAACUACAGCCACCUCGUCUCCGUGGGGUGUCACAUUAUCAAACCGGAAGUUAUCACCAAGUUGGAGAAAGGAGAAGAGCCAUGGAUAGUGGGAGGAGAAUUCCUACUUCAGAGUUACCCAGAAGAAGACUGGGAAGUCCAUGAUCUGAUAGAGGGAGCCCAGGAAAAUGAAGACAGACAUUCAAGGCAAACUGAAUCUGUCAACGACAAAACCCUGAUUGAAGAGAGAGGUAAUGUUUUUGGUAAGACUUUUAAUGUGGAAACAAACCCUGUUCCUUCAAGAAAGAUAUCCUGUAAAUGUGACUCAUGUGGAAAGAGUUUAAAAUCUACUUCAGAAUAUAUUAGUAGUGAUGGAAGCUAUGCAAGAAUGAAGCCUGAUGAAUGUAGUGCAUGUGGGAAAUCACUUCUCCAUGUUAAGCUUGAAAAAACUCAUCCAGGAGAUAAACCUUAUGAAUUUAAUCAAAAUAGGGAGGCUUAUGCUCUAAAUGAAGGAAGUAUUUAUCAGAACAUUCAUAUUUUAGAGAAACCCUUUGAAUAUAUGGAAUAUCAGAAAGCCUUUCAAAAGGGUACAGUGUUUGUUAAUCAUAUGGAGGAGAAGCCCUACAAGUGGAAUGAAUCUGAAAUAGCCUUUCUCCAAAUGUCAAACCUCAGUGUGCACCAGAGAGCUCAUAUGGAAGUGAAGCCCUAUGAAUGCAAUGCAUGUGGGAAAUCCUUCUGUAAAAAGUCAAAAUUUAUUAUACACCAGAGGACUCAUACAGGAGAGAAACCUUAUGAAUGUAACCAGUGUGGGAAAUCCUUCUGCCAGAAGGGAACCCUCACUGUACAUCAGCGAACACACACAGGGGAGAAGCCCUAUGAAUGUACUGAAUGUGGGAAAACCUUCUACCAGAAGUUACACCUCAUUCAACAUCAGAGAACUCACUCAGGAGAGAAGCCCUAUGAAUGUAGUUAUUGUGGAAAAUCCUUUUGUUUUACCUUAGACAUAAACAUCAAACGUCUUCAGGUUCUGCAUGUGAUCUAA